GGCGUUAGUCAGCUACAGCGUGCAGCCCGUGUGCAGCGGCUCAGCAGCCUACUGCCACGUCGUCUGCGCGCUACCUGCGGGCUCCGAGACCUCCCAGGUCCCCACACCCGAGCCAGUGCUACGUCUACGAGGCUACCGUACUACUAAGUGACUCUGAGUCACCGGCUUCCAGCAUUCCAAGAGUCCGAGACAUCACGAGCCUCUCAGGCUGGCGCAACGGGAGCUGCACAACCUUCUCCGUCUUCUGCCGCCGGUGCAUCCUGAGCCAAGACCUGACGAAGCAGCCGACCGGCCCGUAGGGGGCACGCGGUCGGGCACGCAGUAUUCAGGGAGUCGCCAGCCUUCACCAGCCAAGCAGUCGGCGGGCUCCAGGCAGCGCAGUCUUUCCGUUCCACGCCAGUCUCCGGCCAAGGCGACAGCUUCUGCGGAUCGCCAAGCCGGUAACAACAGCGGUGCAGGGCCCUCGGCCCCGCGCAUUAGACCAACAGUAGACAACAGCAGCGGCAGCCAGCGCGCCGGUUCACGCACCGACAGCCGGCACACUCAGUCUACCGGCCAGGCGCCUCCACCGCCUGUCGCCGCGCCGCUCUUACUUCAGGCAGCGCCCCCGCUCCCCGCGGCCGCGCCACCUCCGCCACCUGCACCCCUCGCGUUGCAGGUGCCACCGCAGGCACUCCCAGUGCCGCAGUUGGCUGUGCACACCUUCUCCGACUCAGACGACGAACGGAGCAUGAGCAAGCAGUUCAAACCCAUGGAUCCCUGGGAUCACCAUCAGGUGCCUCCGCUCGGCAAGCAGCUCAGAGAGGACCUGAACAGCGCGCGCAAGUACCACGGCAACUGCGCGUAUGAUGCGGUUCCGGCUGACGAGGCGCUGCGCCUCAUCGACGCCGGCCCCGACGUCAACACCCCGUACCACUUCUGGUGGUCCAAGGAGCGUCCCACGCUCCAGGCGCGCGCGCUUGCCCACCACCUUGCGGCCAACCCCGCGCCAGGCGGCCAGCAACCGCCGCCCCUGUGCGGCCACCACGUGCUGGACUUCUACAUCCAGCUCCUGCACGACCAUUUCGCCCUGGACCGCGCUAGCUACUACGAGGACCGCUACAACAGGCUGCAGCAGGAGGAUGAGCAGACGCCGUCUUCGCUGCUGGCUGAGAUGCGGCAGUGCGAGCCGCACCUGCACGCCAUGCCGCAGGACAAGUUCGCGAUGGACUUCCUGCGCAAGCUGCACCCUCGCAUUGUGACCAACGUCAGGAACCGCUGGGACAUCAUCCCCGUCACCAGCUGGUACGGCCGCCUCUCCGACAUCGCCAAGGACGCCGACGUGGUUUGGGACAACCACCGGCGCGAGGCUAGCUAUCAGAAGCGCAUCACCGCGGUCUCUGCAGCUGCCAGCGCGCCCUCGGCUAACCCGAGCACCUCGGCGCCAGCCGCGCGCAGCUCCAAGCCCUCGUCCAGCUCCAGCGGCCCCGCCGCGGCACCCAAGGCCUCGUCCAGCUACUACUGCCAGCACCACGGCGCCAACCGCUCGCACAACACGGAGAACUGCAACGUGCUGCAGAGCAAGCGGUCCACUGCGCUGGCCACCAGCUCCGGCCCGCCGCCCUCGCAGCAGCAGGAGCUGGCGCGCAUGUUCAACCAGUUCGCAGCUCAGUUUGGCUUCAACGGCUACUCGGCGGCGGCUACCAGCACUGCUGCUCCCGGUGCGGCGACCAAGUACCAGGCGGAGGCGGACCGGCGCGGCGCCCGCGGCCGCGGCUAUGGCGGCGGCAGCGGUGGUGGCGGCGGCGGUGACGCGGCCGCCCGCGCAGGAGACGUGGAGCGCUGUGACUACUGCCGGCUGUCUCACCCCGGCAUCUGCUACGUCAAGUACCCCCACCGUGCUCCGCAGAACUACCGGCCACGUGCGCAACACCUGCAGGACCUGUUCGCCUACAACCUCAGCAGGGCUCCCCUGCCUGACACCAAGGCCGGCAACGAGCAGGCGGGCGGCACCAAGCAGGCGGCUGGCAACGAGAAGAACGCCGCCGCGGCGGUGACCGGCUACGACGACGGCGAGGACGAGCUGUACUACGGCUACGUGACCGCCCUGGCGGACGAGAGCCCAGCAUCCAGCAGCAGCGCUUCGGCCUCCCAGGCCGCCGGUCGCCGCGGCUACUGGUUCCUCCACGGCGGUGACAACUGCGUUGCGUCCACCUGCAGCCAGCCCUGGGAUGAGCCCGACCUCGCCUGCCUCUCGGUGGCCUGCGCCGAGCUCAGCCCGGACUCCUGCGCAUGCGGCGCCCUCGUCACUGGCCUGUGCGACAAGCUGAUGAUGGAGUGCGAGGCUCCUGAGGGCGGCCCCGGGGGCUCCCAGCCCGCGCACGCCGCCGAGCCGCUGCUCGCGGCGAUGGCCACCCUCAAGCAGCAGCCGGCGCCGGUGGGCUUCCAGCCGGCUCCCGCCGGCACGCCGGCGGAGCCGCCGCAGCAGCUUCUGAGCCCGUCACUGGCGCCGCACAACCAGGUGGUUUCCUCCGCAGUCACGCUGCUGCAGGCCAAGGCUGACCGUCUUCAGAAGGACAUCAGCCAGAUGGUGAGCGAGUUGGCCGGCGAGACCCGCUACCAGCUCAUGAUGGUCGCGGCGGCCUCCCAGGCCGCUGAGCGUGCAAGUGACAAUCCGCCCGCGGCCACGUGCGCCACCUGCACGCGUGAGAUUGGCGUGCCUGUCAACUUCUGGACCGACACGCCCUGCAUGUACACGGUCGCCAACGCCCCCCUGGGCGGCGCGGCCGAGGGCUACAAGCUGUCACCAGACUUCCGCCCCAUCACCAGCGUGCCACCGGACGAGUUCACCCGCCAGCUUGAGGAGAAACCCGCACUGAAGGCCUACUUCGACAGCAACCCGGAGAUGUUCUACUGCAACGUCGGUGAUGUGGCUGUGGGCUUCGCGCGACCGCGCAACCAACCUCUGCACGCCCUGCCCCAGGUGCUGCGUGACCACAGCGCCAGCGUCAACAUCGUGACGUCGUCCUUCGUGCGCCUGCACCGUCUGCCGACUCGACCAACCACUUCCCGUCUGGCUACAGCUUCCAGCAGCUCUGAGCGACAGCAGCUGGAGCUGGUGCACGAGCAGCUGGUGGUGAGCAUCAAGCCUGGUUCGGCCUUCAACGUGCGCAUCCCCAUGACCAAGACCCUGGUCGUAGGAGACACACACCUGUUUGACGUGCUCCUGGGCAACGAGCAGAUGAAGCCGGUCGCCGACUAUGUCACCGUGCUGCCGAAGGCCAUGCUGCACUACUUCCCCAACGUGCUGGAGUUCCCCGACUGCAUCGUCAGCCUGCCACUGCACAGCGCCAACGGCGUGCGGGCGGCCCUGGCCUCCGUCGAGAACUAUGCAGCCUGCUGCACCAGCCUCUGCGACCCCGUCGCGAAGCUGGGGGGGGGAUGCAACUCUCCGACUGCGCUCGGCAACAGCACCAGCAGCAGCGGCACCGUGCCCGGCAUCGCCAGCAGCAGCACCGAUGUGCCCGCACCCUGCCAGGCGCCCAGCGGCACCGCGCCCAGCACCGCCGGCGGCACUGGCGUGAUCAGCGGCAGCGUGAGCGCAGACUGUGCGGCCUACCUUGACCGCCUCCUCGCAGCCCGCCUCGCCGCCGGGACGGAGCUCACACCAGCUGAGACGGAGGCACUGGAGCAGGCACUGAUUGCAGCAACGGGGAAAUCCUCCAGCAUUCACUGCGACCUGAAACCCCACAACUACCUGCUGGAUAAGCCGGUGCUGCCGACGCCCAAGCCCGCGGUGCUCAGCUGGCGCACGCGGGGCAGGCGCCGGGUGCGGUGGUACUGGCGGCAGUCCCUCGACCAGACCAGCACUGACGGCGACUCCCAGGCUACGCAGUCCCACUGCUCCAGCGGCGGCAUCAAGUCCGAGGCCCCACUGCACACCGCCAGCGCCCAGUCCGACGUCCAUCCGCCCACCGGCAUCUCCGACGUCCCUCCGCCCACCGGCAUCUCCGAGCCCAGCACCGUCAUCGGCAACGCUACUGCGGCUGAUGCCGCCCACGCCGCUGGCGGCAGCGCCAAGGCUCCCGCAGUGGGCUGGGCAUCCAAGGCCGCUUCGGCUCUGAGCCAGGCGGCCGUCAAGGGCAUGAGCUACCUGACUCUCCCUGGUCUCCAUGGCCGCCAGCGUCGGCGCCGUGGGAGGCACUUUCAGCGGAGCACCGGGUCUGCAGGCUCUCCAGCACCUGGAGGCCGUGCAGGCGGCGCUCAGCACCUCAGCAGCGCGGGCCCCCCGGGCCUCUCGCACGUGCUGGCCAGCGUCGAGUCGUUCACCUUUGAUGGCAAGAUGGCGGCUGCCGCCUCCGAGCGCUACGAGAAGGACAAGGACGGCGGCUGGGUGUGGGGCAACGCUGUCGGCAUGACGCCUGAGCACGCCGCGCUACUACGGGCCACGGUGCGCACCCGCAAGUCCUCUGCCUUCGCCUACAGCAUGGAGGAGCUUCCCGGUUACUCUGGUGAGCUUGGCGCCUUCCGUCUGGACCUGACCACCGACAAGCCUGUCAUCCAGUCACCGCGCCGCUACAGCCCCAAGGAGGUCGAGGUCAUCAAGCAGAAGAGUGCUGAGCUUCUCAAGCCCGGCAUCUGUGUUGAGUGGACAGGCCCCACCCAGGUGGCCGUCAACCCUGUCAUCGCCGCCAAGCGGGACGAGGCCACCGGGCUCUGGACAGGAGCACGCAUGGCGCAAGACUACCGCCCAGUCAACAAGGUGACCAAGCCCGACAAGUACGGCCUACACCGCCCAGAAGACAUCUUCCAGAGCGUGGAGAAGGCGCGUUUCUUCAGCAAGCUCGACAUGCGUCAGGGUUUCCUUCAGAUCUCCAUUCACAAGGACGACUACGGCAAGACGGCGUUCUGGUGCGGCAAUCGUCUGCUCGCCUACACCCGCAUGCCCUACGGUCUCAAGAACGCGUCCGCCGCCUUUCAGCGCCGCAUGGACCACGAGCUGCGGCGUGCCGGCCUGGACAAGGUAGCUGUGGCCUUCAUUGACGACGUACUGAUUGCUACCGAGACCGCUGAGGAGCACGUCGAGGCAGUAGCAAGAGUGCUUGACACGCUCGCAGCGUGCGGGCUCCGAGCCCAUCCUGACAAGUCCAUCUUCGGCGCCGACGUUAUCGAGUACCUUGGCCACAACCUCUCCACCUUCGGCAUCUCGCCUCAUCAGGCCAAGGUCGCCGCAAUCUUGGCCCUCCAGCCGCCCAAGAACGUCUCGGAGCUUCGUACGCAGCUGGGCUUCAUCAACUACUACCGCUGCUACAUCCCGAACAUGAGUGAGAUCGCCGCGCCGCUGAAUGAGCUGCUCAAGAACGACGCGCGCUGGCGGUGGGGGCUGGAGCAGGAGGAAGCGCACCGCGCGCUAAAGGAGACCUUCAUGCGGCCCGAUGUCGUGUUGCGCCGCAUUGACUACAGCCGUCAACUCAUUCUCCACACCGACUUCUCCAACAAGGGCAUCGCCGCGGUCCUCGGCCAGCGCGAUGAUGAAGGUCGUGAGUACAUGUGCGCCUGCAUCUCCCGCUCCCUCAACAAGCACGAGGCCAACUACAGCUCCUACAAGGGCGAGAUGCUGGCGGUCGUGUGGGCGGUCAAGAUGCUACGCCAUCACCUUAUCGGCUCCGAUGUUCCCUUCAAGCUGGUGACUGACCAUCAGCCCCUCCUCUACCUCAUGAGCUCCGAGGGCCUCACAGGCCAAUAUGCCCGCUUCGCCCUCGUCCUGCAAGAGUACAACUUUGAGGUCGAGCACCGCCCCGGGAUCAAGCAUCAGAAUGCGGACGGGCUCUCGCGCAACCCUCGGCCCAGCACCGUGGACGGCUCUGGUGCCCGGCUUGACGAAGACGAUGACGACGGGCCGGCGACGCUACCGGCGGUGUCAACAAGUGAGGAGCCGCCAACCGCCGCUGCCGUGGCUGCCAGCCUCUCAGCUUGCGAGGUCGUCCACGUCGCCCUUGCAACCGCCGUCCCGCUGGCGCCCUUCUCUUCUGACUUCAUGCCCAGCACCGAGGAGGCCAUCUCCGGAUGGAACGGCUGGGGCUACGAGGCAGCCGCACCGCCGCCUGACGCUCCCGAUCGUCAGGGCAAGGCUGCCCGAGCAUUGCUGCGCAGCGCAGCACUCGAGUGGCGAGCGGCCAGCAAACUCCGGCGGCAAGGCAGUGGCUCACCCUCGGUGGCCCCCUCACCGUCGCCUGUGGCCGUCAGCGCCUCCGUGUGGUUCGACAACGCCCUCCGCCAAGGCGUCACGUUGUGGGAGCCUACCGGCGGUCUGGGUGGGGCCCUUGAUGCAGUCCUGCUCAACGGCAUUCCAGUCAGGCGCUACCACUACUCAGAUUCUUCACGUGAGGCGCGCUCCGCGCUUCACCACCGCCUCUCAGGCAUCACGGACCUGCGGCCGGAGCUAUUCCCUGCCUCCGCUUGGGACCAGACGCUUCUCUCUCUCCCGCAUGGUGCCUCGCACGUGGCGGAUGCGGACUUGCGGCUGCUGGGACAGGGCGGCGAGCCGAUUCUCAUUGCAGCUCAGUGGGAGUCAGGGGACGUCGUCACACAGGCUAACGUACUCAGCUUGGCGAGCCGCGCUCGUCAGCUGCUGGGCGAGCAGCGCGUAAUGCUGCUCUGCCACGUCUCCUGCACCAACACCAGCACCCCACCACCGGAGCAGCGUGCUGCCGAUGCGGCGGCCAAGGAGGCCUGGGGCCGCCCGCUCGUGUCAGACGCAGCGCGGUUCGGCUCUGGCUUCCAUCAGCUCUACCGCACGUGGACAACGCUAGCUGACCCCGCGGCCCUGCGUGACGUGGCGGAGUCAGCGACGCGCCCCGCCGCCUGUGAUGCGCAGUCCCUCUUGGGCGUCGGCCGGACCGUGCCCACCACUGCCAAGCCGCUGCGUCCUCCCUUCUACCCCUGCGACGUCGAAGGCAAGCCAGUGAAGGCGCUCAUGGCCUCCGCCGCCCGCGCCAACGUCAGCGCCGAGUCAGCCUCAGGCGCCUGCCCCAUCUUCGACGCCGAGUCAGGGCGCUACACACCUCCCACGGCUGAUGAGUGUGAGCGCCUGCUGGGCUUCGACGGACCUGUCACAUCGGCGACCGGACUCAGUGAGCAGCAGCGCAAGGCCCUGAUCGCAUCAGCGGCAAACGUCACGCAGCUGGCCAGCAUCAUCGCCAUCAGUCGCGUGCUGGCGGACGAGGUCAACGCUGGUACCCCCGCCAGUGCGGCAGCCCUGGUCACGUGGCGCACACCCGCCGGCGGCCUCGCCAUUCCUCUCACCCGGACCCCUCUGUCGGCCAAUGACACCAUCAUCGCAGCGCUCGCCUCCGCAGCCCUGGAGCCUGAGGCAGCUGCAGAGGCCGCCUCUCCUACGGACGCCUGGUCGGACGACGCCCUGCUGGACUAUCUUCGCACCGGUGCCGUCAACGCCAGCCUGCCCCAGGCUGAACAGCGACGCCUGCGGCGCCGUGCGGCCCGGUACCGCUGGCAAGGCGACCAGCUUCACAUCGUGGGGCUCGACGGCCGCCUGCGGCAGGUGCCGCGCCCUGCCGAGCGGGGUGAGCUGGUGCGGCGCAUGCAUGAGCAGGCAGGACACUUCGGCGUGCGCAGGACCUGCGCGCUCCUGCUGCAUUCACACUGGUGGCGCGGCAUCACGGACGAUGUGCGCAGCGCUGUCAAGCACUGCGAGGCCUGCGACCGCGUCAAGGCCUCCUACUCCAGCCGCCAGUCCGAGCUACACCCAUUGCCCAUCGGAGGACUUUUCUACCGCUGGGGCGUAGAUCUGUGCGGCCCCUUCAACCAGACUCAGCAUGGCAACCGCUACGUGAUGGUCUGCGUGGAGCACUUCAGCAAGUUUGUGCUCCUGGUGCCCAUACCGUCCAAGCACGCCCACGUCACUGCCCUCGCCUUCAAGCAACACGUGCUGGGCGUCUACGGUUCCUGCGCCGAGGUUUGCACAGACCAAGGCAGCGAGUGGAAGGGCGAGUUCGCCACAGUGCUUCUCGACGCUCUCAUCGACCAUCGCCAGACCUCUGCUGAUCAUCCCCAAGCCAACGGUCUCACCGAGAGGGCUGUGCAGACCUGCAAGAAGGCGCUCACCAAGCUGGCGCUCGGCGCCGGCGCUGUGACCGACUGGGACCAACACCUGCCGUCCAUUCAACUUGGCUACAACUGCUCCGCGCAGUACUCCACCAAGCUCAGCCCGUACACCCUCGUCUUUGCCAACGACCCCGUCGUCCCUCCUGCGGUGAGGCCUCGCUUUGACCAGGACCUGGACUUGGAUGACCCCGAGGCAGCGGCACGCUCCGUGCUGCUGCGCGCCGCCGCCCUGCGGCGGCACAUGGCCAUCGCCGGCGGCAACCUGGCAGUGGCGCAGCACCGUGACAAGCUGCGCUACGCCCGGAUGCGCGGCGGCGGCUACGACCCCAAGAUCCGCAAGCUGGAGGUGGGCGACUACGUCUACUAUCGAAACACCAGCGAGCGCACCGCACUGGAAGCCCAGUCGCGGCCUGACAUCCUUCGCGUGUGUGACCUGCGUCAGUCGGGAGUGGUGGUGCUCGAGGGCCGCUGCGGCACGCAGAUCACCACUCACGUCACGCACGUGGCACCCUGCCACCUGCCCAUUGCUGACACCGACACGGAUCCUCGCCUGGCACGCCCGUCUAUCACCCUGUCCUGCGAAGUCUGCAAGAUGCCCGACAACGAGGAGUGGAUGCUGCUGUGCGACGCCUGCGGCACGGGCUGGCACACGUUCUGCCUCAGCCCGCCUUUGGAGGGCAUCCCCGAGGGCUCAUGGGUCUGCCCUACCUGCAGCAGCAAGGGCGUCUCCGCGGACAGCCUUCGCCAGGAGCAGACGCAGCGGCGUGCGGCCACCGCGGUGCCCGCCAAGUUCCAGAAGCUGCAGGGAGCGCUCGCCAUGCGGGCAGCCAAGGGUCGCCGCGCGCGCAGUGCGGCCAACUCAGGCGUGGUCAGCUACGCAGGGCAGCGACGGCGUGUGCACCAGUUCCUUAUUGAGUAUCCCGACGGCAGCAGCGAAGUGGUCACCCACACGCAGCUGCGUCCCCGUCUCGUCUCCCAGCCCAGCUCAGCACUGGCCUCAGCCGUCAGUGCGGCCCCGGCGCUGCCAGCGCUCGUAGGCAACGCGUGGCCCGGGCGGGUCAGCUGCCCCGCGUCCACUGCUUCAGAGCUGGCGGCACUUUCCCAGGUGAUCAACAUUGAGCAUGCCUCGGCUAUCUACGCGCCCUGGAACGUGCCUGACGCGACCGCGGCCUGGCUGCGGGCGCACGGCUGCCACCUGCGGCGCGGCAAGCCUACUCAGGGAGCUGCGGCGGCGUCAGCGGAGUGUCUGCAGCGUGCCAGCGAUGACGGUGUGAAAAUGAAUGUGCUGUGGUGCGAGGCCGAGCCAUUAGUUGUAGAUGCGUGCCUUGACGAGGCCCGAGCGUUUGUUACUGAAGCUAUUAUUGCGCGCAUGCCCCGUGAUUAUGUUGCUACUGCCAGCAAGGCCCGCCUUGCCUGGCUGCGGAAGCGCCAUGCGUGCGGUGACCUGAUCAUUGCUUCGUGCGCGACGUGUGUGUGGCUGAUUUAUUUAGGAAAGGGUGUCAAACGGUGGGGGUUUGUCACCGGCGCGUCCGCCGGCGACCCCGUGCUUUGAUUCAGUUGGCGGUUUCAUCUCCUGGCGCACUAGGCGCACAUGUACUGUGGGUGCCUGCUUCUUCCAGCCCCGGCCUGCAUCUGCGCCGUGGCUGGGGGGGGGGAUAAACAUCAGGGCACGUUCUGUUAGCAUCAGCACGCAUCAGGGCGUGACAGCUGUCACGCCAGGGCGUGGGACCGGACAUGGCGUGGGACCGUGCCGGGAAAGCUGUGAAACCCGGGGUCAGAACCAGUGCGGCUGUCGAGUUGUGAGUCAGCACGUUACUAAGCAGGCACAACUCCCGUGUGCCGAUUACCGUAGCAAUGCUCUGUUUGGCCCUAACUGCCCGUAAGAGCUUGUGUGUUUGAGUGAGCUGGGUUUGUGCUGCUAGGUUAUGCGGAGUGAGGAAGUUGCGUUAUCCGCCAGUCUGACGCGCGGAGGCGGGCGGAAUGAGGCGGAGACAGGUUUAUCCGCCCCGGUAGCUCAAGACAAGUCGUCUUGUCUUGAACUAUCUGGUACUACUUGCUGGUUAGUGAUUUCAGAGACAACGACCAUUCUACAAUACUCGUGGAUAGCACGAAGUGCACAGACAGAGCCGCCUCUGUAACUUUGAGGAGAC